UGCUAACUGCAGCUGAUUGGUUCCAUUGUCGCUGCUGUACGCUAACGGCUGUCUCUUAGCUUUCCUGCCAAAGUCACCGCGAAAGGUCCCGUUUAUUAUGGCGUUUUCUAAAACAUGGAAGCAGUGUUGAGCCUCGUGUCGUUAACUGUCACGAAGGUUUUACAGUUCUCCGGACUGACGGACAACUGGAAUGCCCCGAGGACCAAAAAGAUGGAGGAGAAAGCGUUAGAAGUGUACGAUGUGAUCAAAUCGAUCCGUGACCCAGAGAAGCCCAACACCCUGGAGGAGCUGGAGGUGGUGACGGAGAAGUGCGUGGAGGUGCAGGAGCUCGGAGAAGACGAGUACCUCAUCAUCAUCAGGUUCUCCCCCACCGUCCCCCACUGCUCCCUGGCUACGCUGAUCGGCCUGUGCUUACAAGUCAAGCUCCAGCGAUGUUUGCCAUUUAAGCACAAGUUGGAAAUUUACAUUUCGGAAGGAACACACUCUACUGAAGAAGAUAUUAACAAACAGAUCAACGAUAAGGAGCGAGUAGCGGCCGCCAUGGAGAACCCCAACCUGAGAGAGAUCGUGGAGCAGUGUGUCACCGAGCCGGACGACUGACUGCUUGGACCGUGUGUGUGUGUGUGUGUGUGUGUGUGUGUGUGUGUGUGUGUGUGUGUGUCCAUAGUGCCUGAAAAUUACACUCAGAGGACUGCUGAGCGUCGCCUGAAGGCGGAGCCUCGUGUUGGCUCGCCGGACCGUGUUGGGGGGAUUUGGGGUUUUGUUUUGGAGGCUCCUCACGGAGAACUCUGAGCCAUAAAGAGUCAGAGGCUGAAGUCAAACAGCAGAUGUGUGUGUGUGUGUUCACUUUCUCAUCAUUCCCUGCUGGAGGGACUCUCCCUGAGCGGCGGCGUUUCCUUGGAGAUGCUGCAGGCGGAAGUGGGUGGGGCAAACAGAGACUGUCCUACUUCCAUGUCAUCGUGCAGACUGGGUCGUUCUGUGGAGAAUCAGAAUCUGUGGCUUUACCUCCUUUUAUAUACAAGAAGAGAGAGACGCACAGAUGUUUCCAGCUUUUCUUUUAAUGGUUGUUUUUUGGGGCCUGUCCUUUUCUAAAUGCACUUAUCGAGAUUUAUCUGAGGGGGUCGUUAUUUUUAAUGAGUAAGAUGUAAAAAUCUAAUUUACUAAAUAACCAGGUAAUAAAAUUAGAUUAAAAGUGGACCUGUUUUCCUCGU